CAAGCCCUGAGACUCCGAUUCAGCUAGUUUGGUUGAAGGGGCCAGAGCAUUUCUAACAAGGUCCCAGUGACGGGUGGUGCUGGACUCAUUUGAGAGCCAUUGUCUCAGUCUCAGGUAAACAGCAUCCUCGCAAACUAAUAGAAUACUUAGCAGAGGACAAGAACACGCAGGUUUCAAAGGUACAAAUAACAGUUACUUUUAACAUAUAAAAAGAUGCUCAGUGUCACCCAAAUUAAGUAAAUGCAAUUAAAUAAGUAAUGAGAAACAGACAUCAUAUUACAUUGGAAAGGAUCAAAUAAUUUGAUAAUACACCAUAUUACGCAAAGUGUGAGGAAAUAGCGCUCAGGCACCAUUGGGAACAGGAGGUGGAGAACUUGGUGGUAAUUUAAAGCAACAGGCAGUCUCUGCCACAUUUGAAAUGCACUUACGUUUGAUCCAGCAGUUCCACUUACAGGAGUUUUUCCUACAGUUAAACUUGAAAACAUGAUGAGAUGUUUAUGUAUAAGGCUAUUCAUCGAGCAAUAGAUUGGAAACAAUCAGUGAGAAAGUGGUUAAUAAAUGAUGGACCGUCCCCCAGCAGGGUCCUAUGCAGCUGUUAAAAACACAAUAUGUAUGUACUAAUAUGGACAAAUGUAUAGAUGCUUCCAACUUACAACGUACGAUUUUUUUGCCUUUACAAUGUUGUGAAGGCCAUAUGCAUUCAGUGAAAACUGUACUUUGAAUUAUGAAUUUUGAUCUCUUCCGGGGCUAGCGGUAUGCUGGGGUACGAUGUUCUCUCAAGAUGCUGGGCAGCGGCAGGAAGCCACAGUGCCUGGUUAUCUACUCCAUCUGAAGGGGAUACAACUCUACAGUACUGUUCACAGAUGCCUUUGUCCAAUUGUAGUGAAUAUAGGUGUUCUGAGCAGGUUUAAGGUAGCGAGGCUAAGAUACGAUAUUAGUAUACGAUAUUAGUAGGUUAGGUGUAUAAAAUGCAUUUUUGACUUAUGAUAUUUUCAACCUACAAUGGGUUUAUUGGGACAUAACCCCAUGGUGAGUUGAGGAGCAGCUGUAUAUGGAACAAUGUGAAUAUCGUCUAUAUUUUUGACUAGAAAGCUGUCAAUUGGUAUCUAUCUGUCUUUGAAUACCAUUUUGUUAACACCUAAUUAUAAUGCUGGUCCCUCACCAAUGACCACUUAAAUGUUGCUCACACCCUAAAUUUUUGCUGCUAACCCUACUUUUCCAUCUGAUCUAUGCUUUUGGCAAGAGACCAUUUCUAGCAAUUGAGACAAAAAUCAUGUUGAGUAAGUUGCCACUGUGAGUUAAUGUGAAAUGAUUAACACAUUAUAGAAGUAUUCAAUUUUGUCUUUUUUUUAAUUUCCAAAUGUAAAAUGUUGUUGGUUUUUGCACUGGUAACUUUUUUGUGCUAUUAUUAUUGCAGUGACAUUCUGAGGAUUUUCCUUCAUGACAUUAUCUAUAUCCUUUAGGACAAUUCCAGAUUCCACUAAAGCCGUUCCACUUCCAUGGAAGCACAAGCCAUGUUUGGGGCAGAGGGUUCUUGCCUGCCAAGCCUGAGACAGCCAAUGAGACCAAAACCUCUUAGUUGUAGGACUUGUACCCAUCAGGAACUUGUACACUAUAGGAACUGUGUGUCCUCGGUGACGGCUGCAGCCCUCGAGCAACAUGCCUGAACAGAGCAACGAUUACCGAGUGGCCGUGUUUGGCGCAGGUGGUGUUGGCAAGAGCUCCCUGGUCCUGAGGUUUGUGAAAGGCACGUUUCGGGAAAGCUACAUCCCGACGGUGGAAGACACCUACCGGCAGGUGAUCAGCUGUGACAAGAGCAUAUGCACGCUGCAGAUCACCGACACGACGGGCAGCCACCAGUUCCCGGCCAUGCAGCGGCUGAGCAUCUCCAAGGGGCACGCCUUCAUCCUGGUGUACUCCAUCACCAGCCGCCAGUCCCUGGAGGAGCUCAAGCCCAUUUACGAGCAGAUCUGCGAGAUCAAAGGGGACGUGGAGAGCAUCCCCAUCAUGCUGGUGGGGAACAAGUGCGACGAGAGCCCCAGCCGCGAGGUGCAGAGCAGCGAGGCGGAGGCCUUGGCGCGCGCGUGGAAGUGCGCCUUCAUGGAGACCUCGGCCAAGCUCAACCACAACGUCAAGGAGCUCUUCCAGGAGCUGCUCACGCUGGAGAAGCGCAGGGCCGUGAGCCUGCAGAUCGACGGCAAGAAGAGCAAGCAGCAGAAGAGGAAAGAGAAGCUCAAGGGCAAGUGCGUGCUCAUGUGAGCGCCCUUGUCCGCCCCGCCAGGGCAGCAUGCACGGUGCCCGCGUGUUCAGCGUCGCGUCUGGCGGAGACGCCCUGUUGUCCCCAUUAGCAGGCGCCCCCCCAACAGUAAGCCCCUCCUUGGAGCACGCUCCGCCGGGCGGUGGGAAAGGGGCCGGCGCUCGCGUCGCGCGGGCGCUCGCAGGUGCAGCGCGGCCGGCUUCGCUCCCGCCGCCCGGCUGCUCCCGCUCAGAGCCCGGCCUCGGGGCGUGGCGGGGAGCCGGGUCGAGUGGCCGCGCUCGACCCCGGACAGUGCGUCUCCGCGAGGAGGAUCGCACGGCCCGCACGGACGCCCGUCCCAGCUCCCGCCUGGCCCGAUAGGAGCCUGCUGCCCCGAGGGGGUGCGCCCACCGCUGUAGGCCCAGCCAGAAGCGCCGUUUUAGCCUGUUAGAGUAUUUCCACACCCAAGGGCGAGUUCGCUAAGAGCGUGCUGCUCUGCUGGAAGUCCCUCAGUUCUGAGUAAGGACGGUGUGACAUCAUUCGAACAGCGAGAUAACGGCCCUGUGUGCUGUACUGCAAGGGUUUUAGAAAAGUGAAGUUUCCUUCUUUUGACCUGUGAGGAGUAUAACUUCUUCCAGCUCACAGAUUUUAAAUAUAAGCAAAUAAAGUAUCUGUUUUUAGACAUUUUUUUCCUCCAAGAUGUCUUUUUCUCUUGAAUAACUUGAUCUGUGCCCAGCAGGGCGACAGCGGCAAAGGCCACCCGACAACCAGAAGCACACCCAUUUUCUAGCUGUUACAGACAUGUAUGUGCCACACUUUGCACCUUAACGAAAUACUUCGAAACAUAAGUUAUUAACUGUGUUCUUCAGGAUCUGUCUAUAUCAGAAGUAUAUUCCUAGAAAAUGCAUUUAGGUGAUAGUCAGUUCUCUUGCAUGUUCCAUUAUACAUGUCUUCUAAGCGCUGUUGAAUGCAGUAUUCACUCUAGAAACAAUUAUCUACUUCUGAUGGUUUGGUGUGAAUCUUUCAUCCUUCAAACCAAAUCACCGCCACUGCUGGUUCCUGUGCGUUGGCAUGGGGUGGGGUGUUGGCUGGCAACAGGCUGCUCUGUCCUGGACAGACUCUUCUGCUCUGCCACGGGAGAGUCUGGCUGGGUUCUGCUUCCGGAAAGUUCCAACCGAUAGCACCUAUUAGUUCUGUUUGUUUCAGCUUGCAGAAUGCAUGCUGGCCCCAACAGGGGCAUCGUCCUUCCUGUGGCCCGCCUGGCGAGCAGAUGGAGCUGCAGUGCCACAGGGCGGGCCCAGGAGGCCUCCUGGCUGUUGGGCAGCAAUGCUCUGAAGUUGGGGUGUUCGGAUGUAGGGCCAGCUGCGGCAGCACUGUGGCCACCUCCCUCCUCCAAAGCACACUUGUUUCUCAAUGGGUCCUGGUUCUUUUAGCCCCUUCUGGUUCUGUUCCCUUGUUCUGGCCCCAUCCUCUGUUCUCCCAGUAGUGUGUGGGCAGUGCCUUUGACAGCCGUGGCUCUGUGGUCUCACCACUCCUUGGUCUCCUAGAGCGAAAUUGCUCUGACUUGGUGGGGAACACUCAUGCUGAGCUGAGCAAAGAGGGGAGUGCCUCAGAGCCAGUGGGGUGGGGCAUACAGCACUCGGGCCAGCCCUGAGGCCCCUUCCAAUCCCUCAAGCAGGCGCGUUCCGUUCCAGAAGGCCGUUCCACAGCAUCCGCAGUGGGAGCUCUAGUUGGCACAGUUUCUGGAAGAUUUGUUUUCCAGCUUGUUCCUUCAUUUUUCCCAUUUCUAUUCUCAAGAUUAUCAAUUUGCAAUUUGAAUAUGAGUUAAGUAGAAGAAGAAAUAGAACUUCACCCCAAAAUGGGAUGUAUAGAUUUUGAGCAGGUUCUUUGUUAAUAGUGAAAUGUUAUCUUUGCCACUGACUGUAGUAUUAUUAAUAAUAUGGCUUUUAAUGUGAGAUCUCCCUGGCAACCAUUCCAUUCCUAUUGAUCAUAAAUCAGAAUUUCUUUUUACCCUUUUAAGUCAGCUUCUACACCUGUAAGUGUUUGGGGCUUCGUCAGUAUGAGAAGCUUGUCAUUGAAUAUCUGACCCCAUUCAGGAUGCAUUCUGUUCCUUCAUAUUUUGCUUGUGAGUUUAUAGGGUAGGAAGGCUGUUUAGGCCUCGAUUGUGGGUCUUCAUUUGGGAUUACUUUCUAUGAACUGAACUGAAGAUAUUGAUGGGUAUUUUAAAAUCACCUUCUAGGAGCUCCCCAAUUGACUCAGGGCUUGAAGAGUUAGUAUCCUAGAAUCAGGUGAUUUUUAGCAUCAGCAAGUUCCCAGUCCCAAACAUGUAUCUGUGGUUCUUGAAAGCAUGUCCUGUGUUGCUUAUGGGCAUAGCAGUUUUCUACCCAGUCACAGUAAGUUACAAAACUCAAAAUAUCGCUUUGAAGAUGGCGCUCUGGGAAUAAGCACAGGGCUCCGCAACUUCCCUCUGUCCCCACAGGCCCCGCCCUCCUUCCACCUACAAGCCAUGGGCAUGCUUCCCCUGCGGCAGGACCAACUCACGAGCAAUAUCGAAUCCUUCCUCAUUCCUAAAAGUGUAUGUAUAAUAUAUAAUUUAUCUUCCUGUACUUUUGAAGUAUAAAGUAGUAAAUUGUACAUAUCUGUAUGCUAGUGUAUUUGUUUCACUGUUUGUAAUAUUUAAGAAAUGCUCAUUCUUUGUAGAACAAAAUUGUAUUAAAUAUUUUAUGAAAUUGCUCUGUAAUACUUAUUUUUUUUUCUUCAAAAAUUUGUAAUGUGUUGCUCCUGUAUAAACUCUCUGGAAAUAUCCAUAGCUCAUGGAACACAUGUAAAACCUUGAAGACACAUCCUGGGAUUCAGGACCCCACAAAGACAGUAUGAGAAAGAGUAUUUGCAGAGCAUGACUUUUUUACAUGUGGAAUAUCCAUGUAUAUAUAUAUUUAAGGUGUAUUUAUUGUUACAACUCCAUUAUCUAUUAAAUUUUAUUUACUGUGCAGUUAUGAAAAAUCACCCUUGCAUAUAAGUUUCUAGUUGGCAGUGAUGUUCUGGAAAAAAUGGAACAUAUCACAAUAAAGCUACAGUUAUGACACUCCGUCUG